AUGUUCGCCACAGAAUUGGCUCCAUUUCAUAGCAAAGUUGUUUACGGAUGGCUUAGUUGUUUCACACAAAUCAUUGACCAUAACAUACCAAAGAGUCUAAUACUCGGCAACUAUUCUGACCUAAUUGUCGACAUCGGGGAAGAUGUGCUUCUGGAGUGCGACACCAGUAAUGAUACAAAAAGUUUUGAGUGGUUUCGCAAAGAAGACAAUUGGUUUAAUGAAGAGAUAACCGAACAGAGAAUCUUCGGAUUCAGUGAACAGUAUUUAUUAGUCAACGAGAAUAAGGUGUCGACAGUUCUCUACAAAUACUGCCUAAGAGGCGACGAGCCAUACGCCACUGUUUGGGACGCAAAGUGCGAUCGCGUUGUGCUCAACAUUACUUACCCCUAUUCGCAGCACGGAUUCAAUUCAAGCACUAAAGUGUGGGGAAAUGUCUUAUGCAAUGACGAAAUCGGAGGCUUUCAGAUAUGGGUCGUCGGUUAUGGCAUACUUAAGAGGUUUCUGCCCCAAGAUAUGGUGGCCAUCGAUAGGCUAACCCCCGGUAAGUCCUAUUGUUUCAAUGGCUGGGCGUAUAACUCUUGUGGUGCGGGACCCGUCUUCACACUGGAAGGCGUUUGUGCCGAGAAUGCAGUCGAUUGUGAGACCACUUCUACUGAACACUGCGAAUAUGACUUCAAUUAUAAUUUCGAUUAA